UAUGGUCAAUUGACAUUCGUAUUUGUUAUUGACAUGACAUGCCACGUAAUUUUGACGAUUUUCUUAGAUGAAUAGGUAAAAUAAAAAAAAAUGGGAAAUUCAGAAAGUGUCGAUAUUCCUGGAGGUGGAUCUGAAGGUUAUCAUAUAUUGAGGAUCCAGGAAAAUUCACCCGGUAGUAGGGCAGGCUUACAACCAUUCUUCGAUUUCAUCGUUGCAAUAAACGGGAUUCGUCUGGAUAAAGAUAACGAUACCUUGAAGCAAAUCCUCAAAAACGGUAUAGGUAAACAAUUGCCUCUGACCGUAUACAGCAGUAAAACGCAAAGUGUCAGAAGUGUAACUAUUGAGCCCAGUGACUCUUGGGGUGGUCAGGGAUUACUUGGUGUCAGCAUACGAUUCUGCUCCUUCGAAGGUUCAAAUGAGAUUGUUUGGCAUGUUCUUGAAGUACAUCCAAAUUCUCCCGCCUUAAUAGCGGGACUUCAACCAUUCACAGAUUACAUUGUUGGAGCCGAUUCUGUCUUACAUGAAUCUGAAGAUCUAUAUACCCUUGUGGAAAGUCACGAAGGAAGAAGUUUAAAAUUAUAUGUGUACAAUUGUGAGGAUGAUUCUUGUAGGGAAGUUACGAUAAUACCAAACCGUAGUUGGGGUGGAGAAGGAUUCUUAGGAUGCGGUAUUGGAUAUGGAUAUCUUCAUCGAAUUCCAGUGAGAGGGACAAAUCCUCCCACAACAAGUAUAACUCAUACACAUACACAUUCUGGUAUGAAUCCUCCUAUUAUACACCCAGAAGAACCUGUCGAGAAAAAGGAGAGUAUAGAUGUUCCAUCCAGUAAUAUUAUUGAGCCUAAGGCCGAUGAAACAGUUGCUGAAGUUAAGAACGAAUCAAUUGAUGUUCCAAAUGUUAAUCCUGUACCAACAAUGCCUAGUCAAUUGCCAGUAGUUCCAAACGAAAAUCCCUUUAGGCAUAAGUCAAGUAAUUUCACUUCGCAUAUACCACCUCCGUCAAGUAUUCCUCAGUUUAUAAAUGUAGAAAAUAUGGCAAAUAUGCCGCCACCCCCUGCUAUGGUAGGUGGUACUUUUUUGCCUCCACCUACAACAAUACCACAGUUUACUAAUGUAGGGAUGCCACUUAAUACCAAUGAAGGUCAGCAGGCAGUUCCCAUGUAUACAGUCAACUACAGCCAAUCUAACCCCACCAUAAAUUCAUUUUCGCAAAAUCCAUUUAUGCAACCCAGUGUUUUACCAAUGUCAGUACCUCAACCGAUGUCAAUACCUUCACCGGUAGUGGAUACAGAAAAUUCGAAUGUCAACUCUAACGUUUUGCAACAGCCCCCUUUUUUCAAUCCCGAAAUUGCAGCCCAAUCUGCCCAACAGUUGCUGCAAAGUAACCCCAACUUCAGGAUUAGUUAAGUGUAAUUUUUAUAUUUAUAGGAACUGAAAUGUUUAUCAAUUAUUUUGUUGAAAUUAUAAUCAUUUUUAUCUUU